AAUCAAUGAAAACGAUAAAAUAAGAAAAAUGUAAAAAAUAAUACUUUAUAUUUUUAAUUACAUACUUCUAAAUACAAUCUCUAUCUCUAUCUAUAAACAUAAUAAAAAACAUAAUAAAAAAGAAGAUAUUAAAUCUACAUUAUAUGUUAUCCAUGUUUAUUUUAUUGAGUCGAUACUAAAAAAAAAUAGAUAAAAUGUAAACAUAUUAUAUUUAAGAACGAGCAAAGAAACGAGUUAUUUAUUUAAUAUUAUUAUUAAAUUGUAUAUUUUCUAAUUACUAAUAUAAAUUAUUUAUACAAAUAAAUAAAUUUCUAUAUAAAAAUAGAAUAAAAUAAGAAAAAUGUUUCGAGACACUCCGAAAAUUAUCAUAGAAGAUGCAUCUUCUCCAUCUGCUUCAUAUGUUAUAUAUAUUAAAAUGGAAGAUUUAUUAGAAAAAUUAAAAUUGUUACAUUAUGAUACUGAAUUUUUAUCAGAAUUUAAAAUAAAAGCUAUAAAUAGGAAUUAUUUUGUAACACAAACAAAUCCAGGAGAACAAUUUUAUACAUUUACAUCUUUAGCUGCGUGGCUAAUUAGAAAAGCAGGUGGAAAUUUUGAAGCUCCACAAGAAUCGGAUGACCCUAAUGCUACCAUAGGUUUAAUAUUGGAUCAUUUAAGAGAUACUGAUGUAUCAAUAGAAUUUCCACCUAAUAAGCUUAAACAAGGAAGUGGUGAACAUGCAAUUUAUGUUUUAGAUAAUUUAGCAGAUGGGGCAUUAAAAGCACAAAAAUUUCAAUGGAAAAAAUUAGAAAUAUCACCUGAUGAACCAACUAAUGAACCAGAUAUAGAAGAUGAUGAUGCAGAAUUAAUUUUAGAAAAAGUAGAGGAGGAAAUGAUGGCUGAAUAUGAUGAUGAAGAUGAGGAUAUCUUACAUGUUGAUGAUAUUACAAAACUUUAUGGACAAAACUUUAAUGAAAGUCAGAAACCUGAUGAUAUUUUAGAAUCUAAGACAAAUAGAGAAGAGUGGCAAUUAGAAUUGGAAAGAGUAUUACCUCAACUUAAAGUAACUGUAAAAACAGAUUCAAGAGACUGGAGAUCACAUAUAGACCAAAUGAAACAAUUACGUAUGAAUAUAGCAACAAAUUUAACUGGAGUAAAAAAUCAAUUAGAUAAACUACAUAUUGAUAUAUCUAAUACAUUGGAUAAAAUAAAAACAAGAGAAUCCUAUUUAAAUAGACAACUUGAGCCUAUUUUAAAAGAAUAUCAAAUAUUUCAAGAUGAAUUAUCAAAAAUCAAAGAACAAUAUAGAGAUGUUAGUGGAGGUGUAACUGAAAGGACUAGAAUUUUUAAUAAAUUAUCGGAAGAAUUGGAACAAGUAAAGAAAGAAAUGGAUGAACGAGGAUCAAGUAUGACAGAUGGAACUCCAUUGAUAAAUAUAAAAAAAACGAUUACUAAAAUGAAAAAUGAAAUUUCUGAAAUGAAUGUUCGAAUUGGUGUUUUAGAAUAUAGUUUAAUGUGUGCAAGGAUCCGAGAUCGCACACAAUUGCAAGAAGAUAUAAAUAAUCCAAAUAGCAUUGCGAUAAGUUGAAUGAGUAUCAUAAUAAUUUAAGUAAUUUUUAUUAACAUUGCAUUAAUUGGCAUUGUUAUGAAUGAUAUUUUCAACAAAAUUUAUCAGUAUUGUUUUAUUAUUCUUUUAUUAUAUUUAAAAUAGAUUGUAUAAGAUAUGCCAAAAAUGUUGAAAUUAUCCGUAAAUUGAAAAUUUCUGAGGUAAUUUUAAACAAUAUUUUUCUUUGCCUGAAAUAUCCUUUAAAUAACAAUUAUAUAUAUAAAUUAAUUACAAUUUUUGUUAUGAUUUUGUUAACAAAAAACAUUGACCAAUUAUAAAGUGCAUAGUCUAAUCUAAAAUUGCAACAGUAAUAUUGACUAUAUCCUAUCGAUCGAGCACGAACAAAUCCGAACAACAUAUCUCGAAGAAUUAUGUAUUAAAUAUAACAAAUAUUUUUUAUCGAUUAAAAAUUAUAUUAUUGAAUAAUAUCACGAAUAAAAAUAAAUAUAAUAUUUAACAUAUUUUCUUCGAGAUAUUUUGUUUGUUCGAUCAAUAAUAUAUAAGUACUAUCACGAUUCGAUUAAGCUAUGCAUUUUGUGAUUGGCCAGUGUUUUUUGUUAAUAAUUUUCAAUAAACCGGAGAAAGUUUUUGCAAAGAAAAAUGUUUAAAAUUACUUCAGAGAUCUUCAAUGUAUAGAUAUUUUAACAUUUUUGGGAUAUCUUAUUAUAUAGUUUGUGAUAUACAUACUUUGCUGAUAAUAGUUAUUGUUAAAAAGAAUUUCAUGAAGUAUUUAUUUCAUAUUAAAUUUAUAAAAUUUUUAUGCACUAUGUAUUUAACUUGUAAAAACUGAUUAUUCAAAUAUAUAAUAUUUUUUUAUAAUUAUUUUAAAUAAAAGUGUACAAUAAUUAAAAAUGUAUUUAUAUAGAACUUAUUUAUAAUUAAUAUUUAUAAUUAAAGAUAAUAUAAUUGAAAAUAAAACAUUAUGUAACUGAAAUCAAAAA